AUGAGCGCCUCGCAACCCUCGCCCUCCAUUUCUCUAAUCGCCUCCCUCGAAUCCUACCUCUCUCCCUCACUCCCAAUCGGCACCUCCCUCUCGACUGAUCCCGCCUCACCCGCCUUGCACCUCCUCCCCUCUCCCACACUCACAAAACUCAAGAACCUCGGCCCCUCCCGCGUCCGUGACAUGCGCGCCCUCGCCCACUCGAAACAGAUCAUCUCGCACGUACCCAUUUCCACCUCGCCACAGACCUGCGCCAAGAUCAACGACGCGCUGCAUACGGCGAUGUACAUGAACGUGGAGAAAUUUGCGGCGCUGGCGAUGUUGCCCCAGGGACGGGAGGCGGGGAAGGAGUUAUCGAGGUGUGUUGGGAAGUACCGGUUUGUCGGCGGGGUUGUGGGAGUGAGCCGGGCGACAGGCCUGGAGGACGCAGACGGAGGUUUGGAGGAGCUUUGGGGUGUGGCGGAGAAGUUUCGCGUGCCGAUUUUGCUGAGGGAGAUGUGGCCGGUGGGCGCGGAUUUUGCGGACAUCCAAGGAAACCUUCCUGAUACCGUCGUUACGCCUCUGAUCACAAGUAUUCAUACCACGCAUACAACCUCUCCUCUACCGAUAUUACGUCUUUACCUCACUCACGUUUUCGACCGGCAUACAAACUUGCGGCUCAUCCUGGCUCAUCCAGGUUUAUUACCUUCUCUCCUCCCGCGAAUCGAAACUAUGCUCGCCAGCAUACCUGAAGCAGACAAACCGAAACGCAGCUUCCUAGACGUUUGGCAACACAACAUCUAUCUCACAACGGCCGACGUACUGGACAUGUCGACUAUGCGCACGUUGUUAGAGCAGAUACCCAUCGACCGGGUGCUGUAUGCGAGCAACUACCCUUUAGAAGAGCGAGGAAAGGAGCUGAUGGAAGGGCUGCAGGAGAGUGGGUUCUUGAGUCAGGAUGAGUGGGAGAGGGUGGCAUGGAGAAAUGCCGAGUAUGUGUUUGGGUUGAAGAACGCAAGUGGGCCAAAGCGUUGA